GAUCCGCGGCCGAAAAUGCCUACCCCUAGAUGUCGGAUCUUGGCUUAAUGAGCCACUUCACCUCCGUAACCUCUGCAACCUUACCCGGAGCCAACCUCCACACAUGGCGUGACAAGGUUCCGGGCGUGGCAGCGGACUCUCCCUACCUCAUGCACCAGAUCCUCGCAAUCUUCGCCUUCCACCAAGCAAUCCUCGAACCAUUGGGGUCCUCCUCCGCGCAAGCUCAGCAACAACAGCGUCAAGAGAAGCUAUCUUUGGCACUGCAACACCAACACCAUGCAAUCUGCGGGGUCCAAGCCGAGAUUUCGCACGUCACGUCUGGGAACUGUGAUGCCCUCUUCGCUGCGUCGUCAUUACUCUUCAUUGGCGCCUUCGCCGCCUCGGGUCCGACGCUACACAGCCCCCUGCGUCGGCUGGAGGUUGAUGAUAUCCUAGAGGUGUUUACUCUUAUCCGUGGUGUCAGCGGCGUCUUAACCUCAGCUAGGGAGAAUGACUGCUGCAAGGGAACAUCUCGCGAAUCGAAGGGUGUAUCGAACCAGCAAAACGUGAGUCUCGAGGUCAAGAGCAUUAUUGACGAGGCAAUCUCGGGCUUCCGAGAUAGCAUCGAACGGGCGUCAUCCAUCACUCCCGAGUUGAACGUUGCUGUAUCUUGGCCCAUGAUUCUGCGUGACAACUUCAUGGCCUUGCUUGUUAUCAGGGACCCUACAUCCUUAGUCGUCCUUGCGCACUACUGUACCGUUCUUCAUGCCGCUGGAUCACAAUUUUUGUUCAUGAAAGACUGGGGACGCCAUCUCAUUGCCGCAAUAUUUAGAUCUCUUCCGCCAAACUGGCGCAAUGAGAUACGGUGGCCUGUAGACUAUAUUAACCCAGAGAUGGCUAGUCAGAACGAAGAUAUCGCAAUGGAGAGUGCUGGAUGAGGUGGAGGAUGUCGCAAUUCCUUGGUCGUUCUUCGUUCUACCUCAAAUUGAUUUCUCUUUCCCCUGCAAUACCAUGGUCUUGCUAGCCCCAUGCAAGGUACCUAGUCAAACAAAUUGAACAUUUUCCUUGCCUUGUCCUUCUUGCUCCGCUGGCUGCCUCAAUCAAGACAUGGUAUGAUUACAAAUAUCAUAGUUGU